AUGAAGACUCUAAAGGUGGAGGAGGCUCGCCAGAGCAUGCAGCGCCUGAGCGUGGACUCGACUCCGGAUCUGGAAAAGAACUCUCCUCGCCGGAAGUCCGGCUCUUCGGAGGACCGAGAGGAGGACAAGCGGAGCAGCGUCCAGCUCAGCCUGUUCAGCGAGGAGAGCAGGAGGAGGAGCAGCCUCUUCCUGUCCGAAGACGACAUGAUGCCCGGGGUGGACGAGGGGAGGGAGGAUGAUCAGGACGGGGACGGACAGGGCGAGGACGAGGCUGAACUGGCCAAGGACGAGAUGCGGAGGCGGAAGAGGGACGACGUGUUCGUGGACAAGACCAGGGCAUCCGCCAUGACGGCCGGGGCCAAGGACAUCCGGGAAGCCCUGGAGUUGCAGAAGAAGGCGGAAACUUUCAGGAGGACCCCGGAAGCGAGGGCAGCAGCCACCCUCUUUAAGCAGGCCAAGUUUCUCAUGCACCAAAGCAGGUUCAGGGAAGCUUUGCUGUUUCUCGACAAGGCGACUGCUGUAGAUCCUGAACGCAAAGAGUGGAUAACCGAAAAGGGGCGUUGUUAUUUGAACAUUCUUCAGCCUCACGCCACUUUGCGAUGCGUCGACCAAGUUCUCAAGAGGGAUCCCGAAUACUUCCAAGCACUGCUGUUGAAAGGCGAAGCUCUAUAUUCUCUGUGGGAUCUGGAGCGUGCCAUGCUUUGCUUCGUGGAGGGGCGGAGACUGCGUCCCGAGAACGACGAAUGCGCCAGAGGCGUGCACAAGGUGCGCAUGGCACUCGACGAAAUUGCUGCUUACCGCAUGUCAACUUCGAAAGGAAAGACGACGAAACUGCGCAAGAAGAGAAGUCAAUCGGCAAAAGCACGGCUGGGAAAUUCAGUUUCGUCUAAACCUUCUUCCGAAAGGAGCUUUCUAACUUCAGCAUCUCUCAACUCCUCUUUCGACCAUGGCCAAAUGAACGAGGAGAGCGAGUCCAAUUGUACCCCAGUGAGUCGCUCUUCAACCAGUUCAUUCGAAGAUUCACUCAGCGCAGUCAUUCCUCCUCCCUCACAUCCAACCCUCCAACAACCGCGCCCCAAGAUACAAAGAAGUUCCACUUGCAUGGGUCCGAACAUCCCCAAAUGUCUGGAACAAGACAAACGAUUUCUUGAUGGAAUCCUCCGAGAUAAGAGUCUACGCCGAUCCAAGACUCCUUACACUCGCCGUGUUCUCCAUAUGGCCAAAGACUUGAAAAGUUUCGUCUCAGAGCGGGAAAUCUACUGGAAAAACAGGGAGCAGUUCAUUCGAUAUGCACACGGAGACGACAGCGACUUCGAGCCGUAA